AUCUUGAAUCCUAUCACAAGAAUAGGUGCUGAGGAAGCGCUCAAACUCUGAAGACAUGAAUUCAAUUAAAUAUAUUUUAAUAGUCGUUAUAUUAAUUGUGUUUCUAUUUUGCACAUUGAAUGGGAGUUUACUUAAUUCAACCGAUUAUCACAUCUCGACGUUACCAGCGAUGACCGACCGGAUCAAAGACCAACGCCUGAAGACCAGACAAAUAGACACAAACGAUGGACUCAACAACCAGUCGGAUGUCAAACAAUACCGGAUCCUAUUGUGGACCAAAUACUUCCAAUCGGAUAAGUGGUCACAUCUGGACCUCAAGUCAAUUGGUUGUCAAUUCUCUAAUUGUCUUCUCAGCGAAGAUAAAUCUCUCGUGGAGUCGGCCGAUGCCGUAUUGUUCCACUGGCGGGACACCGAUCCACACAGACUGCCCGCAAAGACUGCAGCGGCUGUGGCCAGAGGUCAGAAGUGGGUGCUCUUUAACUGGGAAUCGCCCGAACAUUCACCGGCCCAUCGCGUCCACAAUCUCGUCAAUCACAUCGACUGGUUUAUGAAUUAUAGACGCGAUUCAGACAUUUACGUGCCGUACGGGUCGGUCACCAAAUGUAAUACAAAGUGGCAAAACGAGGAUCUCUUUGACGGCAAGAGUGCUUCCGCGGCGUGGAUUGUGUCCAACUGUCACACUCCUAGCAAUCGCGAGACGUAUGUCAACAAUCUUCGCAAACACAUCGAUAUCGAUAUCUACGGAAAGUGCGGUCAAUACUGCCCGCGAGACGGAACUUGUGAGGCGGCGAUCGUUAAGAAAUACAAGUUUUACCUUUCAUUCGAGAAUUCGUUAUGUAAAGACUAUGUGACGGAAAAGUUGUUUAAAUACGCUUCAUAUGAUAUAAUACCUGUAGUGUACGGUUCGGCCGACUAUUCGCUAAUAAUGCCAAACAAUUCGUUCAUAAAUGUGAAAGACUUUAACACUACUGAGGAUUUGGCCAAAUAUCUGAAACUGGUCUCAAGUGAUAAGCAAUUGUAUAACUCGUAUAUGUUCCCUCUGAAGCCGACCGACCGCUGGAAUCGUACGAAUCUGAUUGAGUGGUAUAGCAGUACCAGCGAUUGCAAGCGACCCACGUUUAACAGUGGUUUUCGUCCCAUUGUUUUUUGGUCAAUGAAUGUCAUCGCUAUACUCGUUGUGUUUAUUUACUCUCAUCUUUUCUUUUAA